AUGGAAAUCCCGGUCGGUAUCGACCAGGACAUUGAACAGGUAUUUUUCCGGAGAGCGAGGUCGCUAGCGCGUCAGGCGCAAAAUGCGAUCGCAGAUUCGAGAACAUGGAGUUUUGAAAAGAUGAUAGGCCACGGGAGCUACGGCGUGACUAUGUUGCUAAGUGAACGGGACCUCUUACAUGACCGCCAGAGAAAAGUAGUCCUCAAGCUGCCGUUGGUGUUAAAUGGAGGAAACCAGGACUUUGCCAGAGAAGGCGAAACACUCGAGCUUUUGCGCGGACAUGCACAUAUCGCUCAGCUGAUCAGUUACAUCGAAAAUAUUUCGGAUUUUCGGCGGACAGGUGGAAGAGUCAGACGCACUAUAAGGCGCGUAGUGCGCGCCAUUAGAAACCCUCCUGCGCACUUAUUCGGUUACUUAAACCGUUUAAGCCAAAAUACUGGCCCAGCCCUACUGUUAGAGUUCAUAGAAAAUGGAGAUUUGAUUGGAAUUAUAGAACGAAUAUAUUUUCGCCGCUUUCAGCUGCCCAACCGAAUUCUUUGGGCUUGGUAUCAUUGCCUGGUGAGCGCUUGUGUUGCAAUGACAUACGCAAGGGAGUGCUCGGGGCCCCGACCUGUGAGGGAGGAAACGCCCCAAAGGAAUCAUACACAUCUGCGACUUGUUCACAAUGAUAUUGCUGCCAGAAAUGUCAUGGUGGGCGAACGUGAUCCAACACAUCAAGCGCACCGGCAUACGCCGAAAUUAGCACUCAUAGACUUCGGAUUAGCACGCAGUUUACCAGAAAACCUAGAGCGAGAAGCCGAGAGCAGGAAUCUAUACGCAAUCAACUGUGUAAUGUUAAACUUGAUUAAUCCACCACUAUCCCAAGAGGGUCAACCGCUUUACCCAUAUGAGUUUAACGGAAUAUUAACACUAGCGAGGGGUCUCUUUAAUGGGAGGCGAACUUCUUUGCUAGACCCCGAGCUACGAAGACUUCUUGCGGAAUCUUUCAGGAUAGGAGACGACGGGCAGCCUUUCGGAAGGCCGUCAUUACAGGAGACAUUUGAAAGAACCAGGAUCGGGAUGUUAAAACCCACGGAAUCAUAUCGAAAUCGAGUCCGUGAAGGGGAUCACUAUCUCCGUGGAAGCUUGCAGCGCUUUCUCUAUGAUGCUCCGGGCGAUUGGACCUGA